UGUAGAUACUGUUCCAAAAAAAAAAAGUUGAAGACUUUGACCAGCAGCAUCUCCGUUUCACUUGGUUGAAGAAGAAGCAAAUCCCAUCAGAGAAAACCGAUCCAAAUCUGAAACUCCAAAAACCCUAAAUCAGAUUUUGAGAGGAAUGGGGGCGAUUCCAGUAGUCCGGUUCCCGAUCUUCCGGGCAGUGAGAGUGAUCGGAGUGGCAGUGGCGGCUCUGGUCCUGACCUGGACCAUGCAUUUCCGAGGAGGCUUGGCUCUCGUCUCUGACAACAAAGAUCUCAUCUUCAAUGUUCAUCCAGUGUUGAUGGUGAUUGGACUCGUAAUCUUAAAUGGUGAAGCCAUGCUAGCAUACAAGACGAUGCCAGGAACAAAAAGCUUCAAGAAAUUAGUUCACCUUACACUACAAUUCCUUGCUUUUUGUUUAAGCAUUGUCGGUGUAUGGGCUGCUUUGAAGUUCCACAAUGAUAAGGGCAUUGACAAUUUCUACAGUCUGCAUUCUUGGCUGGGUCUAGCUUGCCUGUUCCUUUUUACCAUCCAGUGGGCUGCUGGAUUUGUUACAUAUUGGUACCCAGGUGGCUCGAAAAAUAGUAGAGCUAGCUUGCUGCCAUGGCAUGUCUUUUUCGGUGUUUAUAUAUAUGCACUCGCUGUUGUUACUGUAACUACUGGUAUCCUAGAAAAAGCCACAUUUCUUCAAGCCAACCAUGUAAUAUCACGUUAUUCAACUGAAGCUUUGCUGAUAAAUUCUCUGGGAUUAUUGGUCGUUGCGCUGGGCGGUUUUGUUAUUCUCGCGGUUAUUGCUCCUGCUAAUAAAGGUGACAUUUUCAGAGAAUCAAUAGAGUAAGUAGUCAUACUAUCUUGUAGUUUGAGAGCAGGCAGAACUUUACUCUAUAUUGACUACAGGACGUCCUCAUUGUCUAAAGAGAAAUCCUUGUAUCAAAAUAACAGUUUCCAAGUUUCUUCCUUUCGAUUAGUUGAUAUGAGAAGUUGAGAUUUCGUUCUUUUAGUA